AUGCAUAAUGGGACGGACACACGAAAGACUUCUACUACAACUGCACAUAUCGUCUCAUCAUCGCGCAAAUCCAGAAAUACGCUCAACACCCAGGAAUCUACAACUACUGGAUCUGAGAACUUGGCAUUGCUGUCAGAUCAAAUAUCUAUCAAUAUCGAUCAGCAAUAUCCCAUAAGACAUAACAUAUUCUUGACGAACCAACUGAUAGGUGUUGAUAGGAACCUAAACACUUCCCAAACGACAUUGCAAUUCAGAUCUGGGAGAACAGAAAAACGGGAAAGUUGA